UGUGUCCAUCUCGAAGUCUCGAAAACCUCUCAUGCUGAACGAUCGGUGUUCGCCGCCCGCCGCCCAAUAUCCAAUCGAGAGAGAGAUCCAGAUGAUCACGGGGCCAAAGAACCCUAGAAUCCAUCCAUUUUCCACUUCCAAUCCGUUUCCCAAGGUGAACAGCAUUAUCAUGAUCUGUUGGUUGUAGAAGAUGGAGAUUAUCACUGUUGCUCAUGCACCACUGUGGUGUGCUCCUCGCAAGCGAUGGCUUCCAAUUAUGGUGGCUGGCAAUUGUUGGGAGCCUCCAGCCACCAAGGUUACUUUUGUGAGCAAGAGGAAAAGUGUAUUCAUGAGGAAUGGUUUCCAUGCUUCAGUCUUUAAAUCAGAUGCAAGCCAGGGAGAGCCAGAGGUCGUUGUAGAUAGCAAUUCCUUGUCAUCUGAUAAUGAGCUCUCACAGUCUAAGAUUGCUUUAUCUGAAGCUAGAUCCAUACAAGAAACUAUUGAAAAAGACAGAGAUCGGCUUGUGGAAGAGUUGGCUCAGUCAGAAGUUAAGCAACGGGAAUAUGCUUCUAUAAUCGAACAUAACAAAAAACUAGCAAUUGCUGAAAUUGAAGCUGCUAAAUCUUUAUUCAAAGAAACAUUGCAGGGAUCUAUCAGUGAGAAGUUUGGUUUGGAAUCAAAAUUGGUGCUUGAGAAACAAGAAGCUGUUGAGCUUGCAGUGCAAGUUGAGAAGUUGGCAGAGCUUGCUUUUCAGCAAGCAACUUCUCAUCUUUUAGAAGAAGCACAUUUGAGGGUAUCUGCAGCAGAGACUGCUGCUGCAGAAGCAGUUCAUCACAUUGAGGAACAGAUAAGACAUGCCACAGAGGGUACCAUAUCCUCAAUUCUUGAUCAAUCAAAACAGGCCAUAUGUAAAGCUUUAUUUGCUGCCGGACAAGCCAGUAACCAUGCAGAAAAGGCCGUUUCUACUUCCUCUGGUGGCAAUAAUUUGUUGGAUGAGAUUGCAGCAGUUCGUUCUCAGAAUUUAGGAUUGCAGAAUGCUAUCAGUGGCUUGGAAUCUAAAUUACUGGUUGCAGAAAGAGGGAUUGAGAGAUUGAAAGUUGACUUGGAACAAGUUGUAGCCCAAGCAAAAGCUUCCGAUAGUCGUGCUAGUGUGGCUGAAAAAGCAUUUGCUGAUCUUGAGGAGCUAACUAGGAAACACUCCUCCAAAAGGGAGGAGGAAGUUAAGCUCUUGAUGGACAAAAUGAAGGAAGAAGCAGCAGAAAGGGAAAAUGCAUCUUCAAAGGCUUUCAAGGUUAAACUAGAAGGCAUAAUGGCUGCUGUGGAUGCAGCCAAGGAAACUGCUCACUUGAAAGACCAAGCCUAUGAGAGAAGAGUUACUGCUUUGCAAAGAUCCUUAAGGGCAUCUGAAUCUGUUAUGGAAGCAUGGAGACAGAAAGCAGAAAUAGCUCAAUCAAUUUUGGAUGGUGAAAGAUCAACUGGGGAGGAAAAUGUGCCUUAUCUGAGCACGGGUGGAAGAAUAGAUCUUCUGACUGAUGAUGAUUCACAAAAGUGGAAACUACUUGCGGAAGGUCCUCGAAGAGAGAUACCAGAGUGGUUGACUCGAAGAAUCAGAACAAUCUUUCCUAAGUUUCCACCUAGAAAAGCUAAUAUAGCUGAAGCACUGUCAGUAAAUUCCUUGUCCUUAAACCUUCCAAAACCCGAGGAAGUAUGGUCUAUUGCUCAAGAAAAGCCUAGGGAUAUGGGUGUGCUUGUGGACCAUUUUAUUGAGAAAGAAGUAAUUGAGAAGAAGCGCAAAGCUUUGGAGCGUGCAUUAGAGAGAAAAACUAUUAAAUGGCAGAGAACUCCAGAAGAAAUAAAAUUAGAGCCUGGCACGGGCACAGGGCGGGAGAUUGUGUUUCAAGGUUUCAAUUGGGAAAGCUGUAGAUGGAGAUGGUAUAUGGAGCUAGCACCUAAAGCAAAGGAUUUAUCUCAAUCUGGGAUCACUGCUGUAUGGUUUCCUCCACCAACUGAAUCAGUAGCACCUCAAGGUUAUAUGCCUUCUGAUCUUUACAACUUGAACUCGUCUUAUGGUUCCAUUGAGGAACUUAAGCACUGUAUUGAGGAAAUGCAUAAUCAAGAUCUUCUGGCCUUGGGCGACGUUGUACUAAAUCAUAGAUGUGCACAGAAACAGAGUCCAAAUGGGGUGUGGAAUAUCUUUGGCGGCAAGCUUGCAUGGGGACCUGAGGCCAUUGUCUGUGAUGACCCAAAUUUCCAAGGAUGCGGGAAUCCAUCGACUGGUGAUAUCUUCCAUGCGGCUCCAAACAUAGACCAUUCCCAAGAUUUUGUUCGAAGAGAUAUUAAAGAAUGGUUGAACUGGCUUCGAAAUGAUAUUGGCUUUGAUGGGUGGCGGCUUGACUUUGUUAGAGGCUUUGCUGGUGUAUAUGUGAAGGAAUACAUUGAAGCCUCGAAUCCUGCAUUUGCUAUUGGAGAAUAUUGGGAUAGUUUGGCAUAUGAAGGUGGCAAUUUAUGUUACAAUCAAGAUGCUCAUCGGCAAAGAAUUGUGAAUUGGAUCAAUGCUACCGGUGGCACCUCAUCUGCAUUUGAUGUCACAACAAAGGGCAUUCUCCACUCAGCAUUGCACAACCAGUAUUGGAGGCUAAUCGAUCCUCAAGGGAAACCGACAGGCGUUAUGGGUUGGUGGGCAUCCCGUGCCGUCACAUUUUUAGAGAACCAUGACACAGGAUCUACCCAGGGACAUUGGCCAUUUCCAAGGGAGAAGCUUGGACAAGGCUAUGCAUACAUUCUGACACACCCCGGCACGCCUGUCAUCUUUUAUGAUCAUUUCUACGACUUUGGUCUUCGAGACACCAUCACAGAGCUCAUCGAAGCGCGAAGGCGUGCCGGAAUCCAUUGCCGGAGCGCUGUCAAGAUAUACCAUGCAAACAAUGAAGGUUAUGUUGCUAAAGUCGACGAAAGUCUCGUGAUGAAACUCGGACAUUUUGAUUGGAAUCCUUCCAAAGAAAACAAUUUGGAUGGAACAUGGCAGAAAUUUGUUGACAGGGGCUCUGAUUAUCAGAUUUGGUUAAGACAGUAAACAAAUGCAACUUGUUGCUGAACUGCAACCACUUCAUAGCUAUUAAUUUCAUUAUUUCAUACCAGCACUCUCUCAGGUUGAAUGUAAUAUAAGGGAAAAAAAAAAUCUGAUAAUUACUUUUAUAACCAACAAAAAAAUGGCAUUUAUCAUUGGUAAUAUCCGUGAUAUUAUUAGGGCUUUGUUGUGUUUA